AUGAGUUAUCACUCGCGAAGAAUAUUGACGCCAGGGGCAUCACGGAAGCGGAAAGAGAGGGAGGCGCUAUUUCCUUCGUCGUCAAUUAAACCGUUAGUUCCACCAACGGCCGUCAGUCGCGCCGUUAGUUUUGAGAUCCCCGCAACGACGUCGUCCAAAUGUCCCGAGCCGGAUUAUCAGCCCCUCUCUUCCAAUCGGCUCGUAGCCGGCUAUAUGGCUCACGAGUUCCUGACCAGGGGCACGCUGUUUGGGCACAAGUUCGAUCCCGCACGAGCCGAAGCCGCGCCAGUGGGCCCUGCUGCGGAGCAUAGGAGAAACAAUAGGCAGAGCCAGGCGCAGCCGAGCGUUGGAGCCGAGCCGGGUGGGAAGCCGAAGCCGCAGAGCUAUGGUGAGGUGGCAAACUUACUGAAGAGUGACGGUGCACACAUACCUGGAAUAGUCAACCCCACACAAUUAGCACGGUGGAUUCAGAUGUAG